AAGAAAAAAGAAAAUCCUCUCUCUCUCUCUCUCUCUCUCUCUCUCUCUCUCUCUCUCUCUCUAUAUCUUGUGUGCAUAUUAUACGCCGUUCGCCAAUUGCUUGGGCUCUCCUCCUCCUCAUCCUAUAUCUCCUCGAGUACGAUCGGACCCGGACGGCGAUCUUCUGCCCCUCCCAACUCAUCUGCCCACCUCGGAAUUUUGAUGGAUACUUUGUCCCACGGCCUCACCCAGCUGCUCUGUUCCCUCGUUUUUCUCCAAUUCGAUUCCAUCGAUCUCCUGCUCUCCAAGUCCUCCCAUCCUCAGAUUUUUAGUCAACCCUGUAUCUCCUUCUGACGACCGCAAGCAUCUAGAGCCGUCUCCACGCCGGAGGACAAUGGGGAAACGUAGUUCACAGCGUAGGCAUGCUGCUAUGCUGGAUAGCAUUAGCGACGACGAUAGCAGCGUAACUUCAUCAUCGACUAGCCGAUCGGAUAAAAACUCGGUGUUGGUGAAUGAUGAAGUUGAGGUAGAAAAAGAUAGCUUUCUCGACCAAGCCCUCGAUGCUCUAUUUGAGAAGAGGGGUUCUACAAGAGAGAAGGCUUUGUCAACUAUCAUCGACGCAUUCAAUAAUGGAUUGCAGCACGAGUUUGUGGAAAAGAAAUUUGCUACCUUGCUUCAUCAAUGUCUAGCUUCAAUUAAGAAGGGUUCUGCCAAAGAAAUAUGUUUAGCAUCUCAUGCUAUUGGGGUCCUUGCUUUAACUGUUGGUUGUGGGGACAAUGCACGAGAGAUAUUAGAAGAUUCUGUUCCUACUAUUUCUCAAGCCCUUAAAUCCAGCUCUGAUUCUUCCAAAAUAUCAUCGUUAUUGGAAUGUCUGGCCAUUAUCACUUUUGUUGGAGGCAAUGCUGGAGAGGACACUGAGAAGUCGAUGCAAAUUAUGUGGCAAGUGGUUCAUCCCAAAUUGGGCUCUAAUGUAGUAGGAAUCAAGCCUACUCCAGCGAUAAUAGCUGCAAUGGUAUCUGCUUGGGCUUUUCUUCUUACCACUGCAGAUACCUAUAGACUAGAACUCAAAAUUUGGCAGGAAUCGAUUUCAUAUCUUUCGAGUCUGUUAGACAAGGAAGACCGCUUAGUACGUAUUGCUGCUGGAGAAGCACUGGCGCUGAUUUUUGAGAUAGGAAAUUUUGAGAAGUUCUCAGGCUCUGUAGACGGCUCUGUGCAAGAUGGCAGUAAACGUCGUGAUAGUAUAGUGCAUAUUCAAGGACUAAGGGGGAAAGUUCUGAAUCAAGUGAGAACCCUAUCAGUGGAGGCUGGUGGAAAAGGCUCUGCGAAGAAAGAUCUGACCAGCCAGAGGAAUCUAUUCAAGGAUGUACUUGAAUUCCUUGAGGAUGGUUAUAGUCCUGAAUCCUCAAUGAAGAUUGGUGGGGAGUCAUUGCAGACAUCAUCGUGGUCUCAAUUGAUACAGUUGAACUUUAUAAAGCACUUUCUCGGUGGAGGAUUUGUGAAGCACAUGCAGGAAAAUGAUUUCCUUCAUGACGUCUUUGGGUUCACGCCAAAGAAGAAGUACCUUCUCGGUGGUGAACAUCAAAUGUCUUGUGGCGAGAAGAGAAUGUUUAAAUCGCCAAAUUCCUUCCUGAACAAGGCAAGGACUCAGUAUCUCAACAAGCAGCGCAUGAUGUCUCAGGGUAAGCAUUUUGGGCAUUACGCGGUCACUGUUGAUGAUGAGUAAGCCCAGUUGAUAAUUGGCUUCCGGGAAACUGUUCCAUUCCAUCCUUGCUCUGCCUUGGUCAAUAGAAAUAUUGAGCUUUUAGUUCAUAAAAUUUAUUGUUUAAUAGGUAACAGAGCCAAUUUGAUGUAGUCAUUGAGAGGUAAUAUGUAAGAUUUACAUUGAUCCAAACAUUCACAUUCUUUGGCCUGUCGAUUGGCUCUGAAAGAACUAGCCUUCAUAAUUAGAUACUGUCAAAAGUGCAGUGUAACACUAUAUCAGUUGUCAAAUAAUUGUUUCCAGCACCUUUAUGAUACAUUUGUGACGACUAUUUUUCCUUAGUUACCUUGAUA